CCGCUCCGGCCCGGGGCGCGGGGCCCGCUCCGUCGCCGCGGGGUGCGCACGGCAGAUGUGCCUCCUUCAGCCCAAAGCGCCGCGGGUGAGAGCCGAGGGGCCGGUGGCUGCGUGACGGAGCCGCUGCGGCACCGUGUCGGCGUCAGAAGCCCUCCGUCCUGCGCCCCACAGCCAUGUGGCUGCUCGUGCAGGGCGUCCUGCUGGCAUCCUGCCUGCGCGCCGCCGCCUUCCCCAGGGGCUGCUACCCCUCGGAGGAGGAGGGGCUGAAGACCUUCCGCUGCAGCAACGCGCGGCUGACCGAGGUCCCCAAGGACAUCCCCAACGACACCAACAAGCUCUACCUGGACUCCAAUCGCAUCCCUUUCCUGCCCCGCGACGCCUUCCGGGAUCUGCCGCUGCUGCUGGAGCUGGAUCUGUCCCACAACGCCAUCGCCGCCGUCGAGAGCGGGGCGUUCCGCGGGCUGGCCGACCGCCUGCGCUCCCUGGACCUGUCCUCCAACAGGCUGGUGUCGCUCAGCAAGGACGUCCUCAGCAACAUGAAGGCCAAGGUGAACCUCUCCAACAACCCCUGGCUGUGCGACUGCCGGCUGCAGGAGCUGAUCCGCGCCGUGGAUCUGACGGCCGGCUCCUCCGCCGGCAUCGUCUGCGAUUCGGCGCUGCAGGAGGAGCACGUGGGCAAAGCCUUCCUGCAGGUGAUCGCCGACACGGACUUCUGCAACGUGUACAAAAAGACGACGGACAUUGCCAUGCUGGUCACCAUGUUCGGCUGGUUCGCCAUGGUGAUCUCCUACCUGGUGUAUUACGUGCGCCAGAACCAGGAGGACGCGCGGCGGCACUUGGAGUACCUCAAAUCGCUGCCCAGCAAGCAGCGGCACUCGGAGGAGUCGUCCACCAUCAGCACUGUGGUGUGAGCGGGGCUGGGGGCGGCGGGACGUCGUCGUGGCAUUCCUGGGGACACGGCCGUGGUGGGGAGCGACGGUCGGUUCUCAGUUAUUGGUUGCUGGCAAUGGGCGCAGAGCGAGAGGGGAGAACUGAGCCCCCACCACGCGGCGCCGCUCCGGAUGUCGGGACUCGGUGCGAAACUGUUCGAUUUUCUUUGCAGCCUUCCCCGGGGCGUUAACGGCGUUGGUGUUUUAAACCCCUCCGGUUUUCCCUCUGCUGCCCUGGGGAUGUUCCUGGAGCUGCGGGGCAGGGGGGUGCAGCCCUAUGGGACGAAUGGACGGGGGUGGAGGGAUGCUGCGGUGGGGAACGGCCCCAGCUCCCGUUUCCUGAGCUGGAGCUGCCGCCCCGUCGCUGCCCUCACCUUGAGAUGGGCAGCGGGGUGAAGUGGGGACCUCCCCCUCUGAGUGUUACGGUGAAAAUGGAUCAGAGCCCCCAGGCUGUGCUCCGUGCUGAGGGCGGUGGGUGCUGAUGGGGGUCCGAGGACACACGGGGUCGGUGCUUUGGGGCACUGCACCCCACUGCAGCUCCGCUCUCUCUCAAGGACUCACGGCUGCGACCGCUCACUGUGACAGCGCUGGGAUGGGGCCGAGGCCGCCGCUCCUCCGCCUCCUCCCACUCCCUGCACCGCUGCCAGGAGCCCGGACGUCCCCUCGGCCCCACAUGUCCCUUUCUGACACUCUCUAUUGGGCUCCUGGGGUCGGCGUCAGGGAUGGGGCACGCAGGGUCCACACGGAACCUCGGGGUGAAGGCAGCCCACGCCUGCCCCUCCGGCUCCUGUCUCUGAUUUUGUCCUUUUUAAAACCAACUGAAGCUCAACUGCCUUAACUCACCGAGAGCACCAACCAAAGCUGCUCCAACACCUCCGGCAGCGCCCGCCCUGCACAUCUGGGGCCGGCAGGGCUCGGGCCCCUUCCAUCCCUCCGGUGCCCGGUGCCUAAGGAUGGGGCUGUGGGGAGCCCGUGCCCUCCACAAGUGCCUACACCCCCAGCACAGCCCCAGCGCACAAACAUCCUCGGCCCGGCCCUCUGCCCCCUCCCCGUGGUGGAGCACAGGGGUGGGGGGAACCGAACCGAGCCCCCGGGGCACCAUCUCCCGAGGAGUGUUUUCUUUAAGGGACCUUUUAUG